GAGGGCGGGCUCAUCAAACGGCUCGACCGCACUUCGCAUCCGUUUCGGCGUCCGUCCGCGUCUGUCUUAGCCUCAAAUUGUGAAAAUGCUGAUUUCCCGCCCCCGACGCUCCGCCUCCUCUUCCACUCCUCCCACCGACACACCGACACAUCUGCACACAUACCCUUGGCCGGAUUUCUGCCACACUUGACGCGGUCUUUUCAUACACGCCCCUCUGCCAGCUUCCUCCUUUCGCCGGCCAGGCUGAUAAAAGACCAGCCUCGACAAGACCAAUCUGAUAUGUCGGGUCAUAUGGUGUGUCACCUCGGCCACCUGACCCUUUUGCGCAUCCAAAUCGGCUGA